CCUCAAUCUGGCCCAUGCUUAGUGUUUACUUUUUUUUAGCUGUAGGAUUUGGAAAUCAAAAUGAAAAAUAAAUCCACACGACAUAAAAUCCAAAACACAUUCAAGUUUUUGCCGUUCGCUGAACGUAUCGCAAACAUCGAUGUUGAUGUUUUUCACAAAGUUUCACACGAAUAUGAAGACCAAUACGAGGAAAACGAAUCUUACUUCCACCAGACCAUAGAAAAAUGGAACGUUCUGAACCUAAGUGAAGGCUAUGAAGCAUUUCGGAAGGAGGUUCGAGAUCAUGAGAUCAUCACACUCCCACAAUUGUUGCUUGUGAAAGAGCGUGUCACAGAGACAUUGUUGAAGCAUUUAAAGCUGAGAGAUACUUUGUAUUUGCAACCAUUGCUUGAGUUGGUUGUGGCUCUUGCAAAAGACCUUCAGAAAGAAUUCUAUUCCUUCUACCCCCAGUUCCUUGAAGUUUUAAUCCUUCUUCUCAACACCAAAGAUUCUGAUCAACUAGAAUGGACCUUUACAUGCUUAGCAUAUAUUUUCAAAUUCCUUUGGCGACCACUAGUGAAAGAUAUCAACAAGGUGUUCAAGUCGCUGCUUCCUCUACUGUCAGACACCAAACCAGAAUAUGUGAAUAACUUUGCUGCUGAAAGCUUUGCUUUUGUUGCUAGGAAGGUGAAGGAUAAAAGGUCAUUCUUGGUGCUUCUCUUAAAAGCAGUAGAAAACCACUCAGAUGGAACUGUCGGUUGUGCAAAACUUCUUUUCCAUGUAAUCAAUGGAGUUGAUAGGCAAUUCCAUAGUUAUGCAGAAACAAUAUUCCCUUUUUUGUUGGAGUCAUUGUCUGAUGAAUCUUUGCCUCAAAAUACUCUCUGUACUGUCUUGACACAUAUUGUUGAUGAUAUUUUGAACAAUAUUCAUCCUCAAAAAGCAGAUCUAUUUUGGACAUCUUGCUUAAAUAGAAUCAAUACAUUAUUAGACAAAAAUUCUUCCACUAAUGAUGAAAAUGUUAUAAAAAAUAUUGAUCUAUUGAUGAAAAUUAUUGAGCAGGCUAUUGAGUUCAAAAGUGGUAAGUUUUUGACGAAACCAAUAGACAUUAUCCAACUGAUAAUGAAAAUUUUGAGUGACUCCUCAAUGCCUGAAUAUUUUGUACUCACAGUAAGCAGGAUAGGUAUCCUCAUUUUACUCUCAAAGAACUUGAGGCUGACCCAAGAACAAGCAUCAAUGCUAACAAGAAAAAUGUUAGCAUUACAGUAUGAAGCAGUAUUGUUGAGAUUUGUAGAACAGAUUUCACCAUAUACAGGCUUUGAGGCUUUGGUUUUACCAAAUUUCUUGAGGUAUAUGUCUGAAAAUCCCAAUGAUGAAUGUCUGCAAGUAUUAACUAAGGUUUUAUUGAAAAAAUCUCCACUAUGUGAAAGUGGGAUUGGCUACCAUGAUUGGAAAAAGUAUCCAAUUGAUUUCAAGGAAUACAACACAGUGAUCAUGGAAGUUUUACAUAAACAAAUUAAGACUGAUACUACUGAAAUCAUGCAGUCAUUUGACAGUUAUCUUUGCAGUCUCAUCUGCUUGCCUCAUCUGUUUAUAAAACCAAUAGAUGAGGUCAAAACUGUGCUCCAUGAGAAAUUAGUAGCUUUUGUGAAAAUGUUAGAUAACACAGAAAAUAUUCAGUUUCAAAAACACUUAUUUAUGCUAAACAACACUUUAGAAUGUUUGCUUCACUUAGGGGAAUUGAACAUAGUACAAAACAUAUUUAUGGGUGAUCUUCUUCAGAAACUUUUAGAUCAUUCUUCUAAUCCAAAGUAUAUUUUGAGUUUGAAGACAAUAAGCUUAUGUUUGACUGCCCUUCAUGAAAACACUGAUAUUAUAAACAUGGAUACUCUAAAAAAGAUUAAUAAAACCUUAGAGAAAAACUUCUCCUCACCAUACCAUGAGAUGCGUCUGUUGACAGCACAAAUAUAUACAAAUUUCGAAAAUCUCAGUGAGUUUAACUUGAAACACAGUCAAGAUCCAGAAGUAGUUCCAGAGCAAUGGAAAGUAUUCAGUAUCUGCUAUGAAGUAGAAUCCACAGAUCCCCAAGUGGAUACUUAUAGAGAGCAAUUACAAAGAUUAGAAAAAUUAUCUUAUGAAAGACCUCAAAUGUUGAUGUGUAGUCAAACUGAAUUCAAAACUAUACCACUGAGAUAUGUUUGUGGGUCUCUCUACAUGAACUUCCGCCUUAUUUGGGAUCCAGUUACAAAGCUUAUAGCUACACAUGCUCAGGGAAUGUCUAUAAAUGAAUUUUGGGAUGUAUUUGGCAAUGAACUUAUUGGAGUGUGUCAGAAUAUUGAAGGCAAAAUGCAGUAUCACCCUAGUUACAGCGAAACAAAGUUUGACUUUGUUGGCGAGUUGUUCAGGGAAAGUCAGGAGAUCAAGUCAAAGCCUGAUUUUAUCAACUAUAGAAUUCUGCUGUGGAAAGCUAUGGCGAUGUUCCCGAAUGUCCCAGAGGCGAAAACCAGGGACGUUUCUGAGCUAGUGCUGAAUUUCAUUGGAAAUGAAUAUGUCAGGUUCAACUCCGAAGGUGCUGCAUUUUAUAGCAUCAAACAAAAAUCUAAUGAAGCGGUAAUUGAAGACUUAGAAAAUGAAGAUGCUUCAAAACAGAGAUGUGCCAAAGAGUUCUAUUUGAGCAAGAAAUUGGCAGUAAGGACGCUUCUCCAGAAACUGGCAGUAUUCUCGCAAAUCAAAAGUCCCCUAUCAAUGUACCGUGAGCCAGAAUUGUACAAACUGUAUUUCGAUCUGCUGCAAAACAAAGCCCCAGCCAUACAAAAAUCAGCUUUAGACUGUAUCAUGACUUACAAGAAUAAGUCUUUAACGCCGUACAAAGACCGUUUGUAUAAUUUGGUUGACGAAAAUAACUUCAAACACGAAAUAACUAGCUUCAGGAUAGACAAAGAUAGUGACAUGGUACAAAGUGAACACAGGGAGGUACUCAUACCUCUAGUGAUGCAAAUUGUUUUCUGUAAGAUGAGCGCAAAGAUCGGGCUCAGAACUGGCGGGAAAUCUUCUGGUCAAUUGAAAAGGAACCAGAUCGUCAGGUUUCUAGCUGGAUGUGAGGAAGAUGAGAUAUUAAUAUUUUUGCAAAAAGCUCUAAAACUAUACAGCACUUACCUAGAGAGCGAUCCUUUAGACAUAGUGAAAAAAAUAACAGACGUGGUAAACUUGGAGAAAUUCUUGCCCCCAAAGAGGUUACAAAGCACAGUGAAUCUCUUAACUGUCAUUUUUGAACAAUGCGGAGGCCUGCUUGGUGAAAAAUCAUUAGGAUUCUUGCUGAAGGUACUACUCACAGUAGGUUCAUUUCUAAAAGUCGCUCACGAAAAUUCAGAGCAAGUACAUAGCGGAUUCUCAACAAUGUUGAGGAACGUCCGCACUUCUAGUAUAAAACUUUUAGCACAUUUCUAUCACCAUUUUGAUAAGUAUCGUUGGACUUGUAGUGAAAUCAAUGCAGUGUUUACCGUAUUCGUAUGGCCUUACGUUGAUAAAUUGAACACUGAAGGUAUCCACAGUCCGACGACGCUAUUAAAGCUGUUUGUUCAAUGGGGGUCAAAUCCAAGAUAUUUCUCGUUGCUUGUCAAAUGUAAAGAUGAAGAAAAUCAGUACGUGUUACAACAUGUAAUUAAACUUUUCUGCAACGAAAAAGCAAAUGUUGCCGUGGUUAAUGCUAUAGAGGAAAUGCUGGAAAAGGUACUUUUGCUUGAGGAGGAUGAAGAGGAUAAGCAUUUGAAAAUGCCUGUGGAAAAUCUACAGCCGAUAGAAAAGAGUAUUCUAGAAAAGGUUGGUUCCGUUGCUAAUUUGAACUAUGGAUCGUGUAUUUUGCUGCCACAUGUGCCUGCUAUCUUAGACAAAAUCAAGAAAAAACUUAUUACCAAAACUAAGAACCUCAAUACCAAAGAGCUAUUCAUUUUAUCCCGAGUUUCUGAGCUAGUUUGGGAGCCUGAUCUUAGUGACACAGUGCUAGAUCUGCUGUUGCCAAUUGUGCUGAAAAAAACAUCAGCACCAGAAGAGGUUGUGCUGAAAUACGUGGAAUCAAUGUGCAAUUUGAUCAGAAACGUUUCAAAGCCUGAUAUACAUUUGAAAGAGCUUUCACCACUUUUUGGGCAAGUGACUUACACAACUUCUAGAAAAGUGCUGGUGAAAGUUUUGGAGGUCAUUUCAGCAAAGUCUGAAAAUGAAGAUUUAAAAAAUGUAGAGAUAAUUCCUCAAUUGAACGCCUAUGAUAAAAAAUGGGUGGACCAACCAGAUUUUGAAUGUCGCCACAACGCUUUCAAAAAUAUCCAAUCACUGAUGGAUAAAAAUGAAAUAAGCCUUCCUCUAGGCAUUUUGAUUAUCCACAACUGUUUUUUCUUCAUGAAAAGUGAAAGAGACUUGUCUCUAAAGGAGAGUUCUUCACAUACACUCAGGCAAAUUUCGGUGUAUCUUCUCAGGACUUUCUCAAAACAAACUGAUAUUAUUCUGAACGAGUCUUUAUUCACUUUGAUAAGAGCCACUUUGAAAAACCAAGACGAUAACGUCAGAAACGAAGCAAUACAACUACUAGGUCAUAUAGUCAGAGAGUGUCCUGAAGCUCAUUUCAUUCUGACUGAUCUGAAUCAUUUUACCAACAAGGCGGAUCCUGAGGUUGACUUUUUCGAAAACUUGACUCAUUUGCAGAUCCACCGACACGCCAGGGCAUUAAUAAAGUUCUCUCAAAUCACUCAAGAAUUAACUGUAUCUUUAAACCCAAGAACUUUGACUCAGUUUGUCUUGCCGCUUGCUUCUCACUAUCUUUGUAACGAAAAAUAUGUUGGUAAAAACAGCGUUAUAGAUGCUGCCAUUGAAGCUAUAGGAACGAUGUGCAGAUUACUGCCUUGGCAUCAGUAUGAGGGGCUUCUGAGGUACUACCUUGAUAGUUUGAGCACUAAAAUGGAGUACCAGAAGCAACUGGUGAGGUUGACUGUUGCCAUUUUGGAUGCGUUUCAUUUUGAUCUGGGGAAAGGUAUAGUUGCAAAGAAGGUGGAGGAAGUAGAUACGAUUGAGGAUGACAAAACGGAAAAGAGUGCUGAUAAAAUGGCUGAAGAUGAGAAGGUAAAUGACGAAAGUGUGGAGAUGGAAAAGGGGGUUGAUGAGUAUGUGGAGACUGAGGAAGUAGAAGCAGAAGAUGCUGAAGAAAAAGAAGAUGAGGUUGUGAAGAUUACCGAAAAAACAACUGUACUUUGUAAAUCUACAGCAACUAGGGUCAUUCGUACCAUUCAGUUUGGACUUCUGCCUAAGUUGCACAAAACUCUAGCAGAGUUGACGCAUCAUGAUACAUCUCAUAAAAUAAAUAGAAAAAAGUUAGGUAUUCAAAGAGAGGAAGAAGAUUUGAUGAAAGUCCCUAUCUCUUUGGCUGUUGUCAAGCUUCUACAGAGGCUACCAGUUGAAAUCAUGGAGGCCAAUCUACCUGGCGUUUUCAUGAAAACCUGCACGUUCCUAAAGUCCCACUUGGACAGCGUCAGGAAAGUAGCCAGAGAAACAUUGCAAAAAAUUAUGCUGACUUUGGGACCAAAGUAUCUGAAGCCACUGUUGAAUGAAAUGGCUCCCUUGUUAAAUCGUGGCUUCCAAGUACACGUUUUGGUCUUUACAAUCCAUGGGGUUCUCAACUGUUUGAAGAAUUUGUACCAGACAGGAGACAUCGAUGAAAUACUUCUCACUGUAUUGAAUCUUUGCACAGCGGAUCUCUUUGGGGUGCUCUCAGAAGAAAAGGAAAUAGCUAAGAUAGCUGUGAAAGUCUCCGAGGCUCGACAUACCAAAACAUUCGAUACCCUGCAAAUUCUGGCGCAGUUUAUCAGCGACUCUUGCUUCCUCGACCUGAUAUUUCCGAUCAAAAAAGUUCUGGAGAGAACCCACUCCUUCAAAACGGUAUCCCGAGUACAGGAAGCCUUGAGAUUCAUAGCUCUGGGCUUAGUAGACAAUCAGUUCAUUCCGGUAGAAUCACUUUUGAAGUUUGCUUUUGGCAUAGCUUCCAAAAGUAUUCCUCAACUUCUUCCAAAAGCAGCAAAACAUCAGACGAACAAGGGCGAAAAGAAAAAGAUAGAGAAGGAAGAUUGUUUCAUAAUCCAGAAAAUUCCUGAUAACAGGAAAGCGUACAGAGAGCAGAAUGUGAAAAUCGCCAGUGAUACCAACGCUCAUGUGCUGGUGGAGUUUGGGUUGAGGCUAUGCCUUUUGCUGCUGAAGAGAGAUAAAGUAAGGGACAGCAAUUACAAGAAGUUCAUGGAUCCUUUUGUUAAUGUGGUCAAAGACUGCUUGAAGUCCAAGCAAGUCAAGCUGUGCACCCUGACCUUGCAGUGCCUUACUUAUAUGUUUAAGUAUGAUUUACCGUCCUUGAAAAACAAUAUGAAGGUUAUAACAAAAGACAUCAUGGUCAUUUUGCACAAGUACGCCUCAGCAGGACUGAGCAAAGGGGACAAUUUUGAUUUGGUGAUUUCCGCGUUUAAGGCAGUGGCAGUGCUGGUCAGAGACGCAAAGUACCACAUAAUCGAUGUGAAUCAACUGAAAGUACUACUUCUGUACGCCGAGCAAGAUAUUCAUGAUCAUGAAAGGCAAGCAACAGCCUUCAGUCUCCUCAGAUCCAUCAUUGCCAGGAAACUUGACGUUUCUGAGAUGGCUGAUGUAAUGGGCAAAGUGGCCGAAUUGAGUAUCAUAUCAGAACUAGAACACGUAAGAGCUCAAGCAAGAUCUGUCUUCCAUCUAUACAUGAUGGAUUAUCCACUGGGAGAUUCCCUGGAAAAACACAUAGGAUUCUAUAUUUCCCAAAUGAGCUAUGAGAUGAAAUAUGGGAGGCAGUCAGCUAUUGAGAUGAUUCAUACUUUCAUCAAUAGUUUUCCAGUGAAAGUUCUUAACACUCAAAGUGGGACUCUUCUAAUAACCUUGGGAGCAAGAUUGGUUAAUGAUGACGAUCCAGACUGCAGAAAAGCUGUUGCGGAUUGCAUAGUUUCAAUGCUACAAAAACUGCCCAAGGAAGAUUAUGAACCUUUAUUUGACAUUGUGACAACAUGGUUGAAAGACAAGAAUUUGAGUCAUAGAAGACUUGCGGCUCAACUUUGCGGACUUUUUGUUACAGUGGAAAAAAGCGCCUUUGAGACUAGAAUCCCGAAGCUGUCUCCUCUUAUCUUGAAGCAGUUUGGACUGGAGUCUGAACCCGGAAAGUUUGUCAAACUACAAAAAGAGAAGAAGAACCAAGAGACUGAGGAGUACCAACAUGUUAAAGACCAUCACUUGUUCCAGGUCCUUCAAUUUUUGCUAAAACUUUGCGCGAACUGUCCGGCGUUUUUGAGGAACAAGGAGCUCAUUGAAAACCUCGCAGUGCACAUCCAGACGUUGCUCAGUUACCCACACGAAUGGGUAAGAUUGGCCGCAGCGCAGUUUUUGGGUUACGUGUUGUCUACAAUGGAUACCGAGCGCUUAUCCAAGUUACUGCUAGAACGCAAGACUGAAGAUUCCGGAUUUCUCUACAGCGAUCCAGAAAAUGCGCUCAAGUCACUAACUCUGGACCUCUGCGAUCAGUUACAGCCAGGCGUAACGAACGACCUGGCAGAACAAGUGGUGAAGAACCUAGUAUUUGUGGCUAGAGUAUUGCAGCAUAUUCCUCUAAAAGCUAGCGAUAGCGACAGUAAACUGAACCUGCUCUGGCUAGCCAAACGUAUGCGAAAAAUAGUGAAUUCCGAAAUCGUCGAAAAAGCUUCGGUGAUAGUGUUGAGGACAGAAGUGUUCAAGUGGAUCGCGGGGGUGAUCACGGCUUUAGAUAUGGAAAAAGUACGACCAGUCUUACAUCACCUGAUGGCACCUCUGGUCAGAGAACUGAUCACGACCGAGGAAAAGAACGCGCCAUUGAGACAAUUGGCGAAAGAAGUGACGAAUAUGUUGAAGAAGAAGAUUGGAAUGGAGGAAUACACGCAGGUCCUUUCGAAAUUGCAGCAGAAUCUGAGCGUGAAAAGGGCCGAAAGGAAGAGAGCCAGGACUCAAUUGGCGGUGACGGAUCCGGAGAUAUUCGCGAAAAAGAAAUUGAAAAGGCAGGAGAGAAAGAAGGAGUCGAAGAAAAGGAAAAUGGCCGAAAUGAAGGGCAAGAAACUGUUCAAAAAGAGGAAAGUUUUGGAUAUGGAACUGGAUAGUUCGGAAAUAUUUUGAAAGGCAAUUUUUCAAUCUAUUGUAAAUAGUUAGGCUAUGUAUAUAAUAAAAAUGUUUUUACUGUUUUGUUUACAAA